AUGGGGCGACUUCGGAGUCAAACACACUUACAUGAACCACAAGCAUUCAAUGUCGCAGUGUUGUACGAAUCACCAGAUGUGCGCCGAAAUUCCAAAAUAAUGGAAGUGUUACUAGCUGAUCCAUUAGCUUCCAAUAAUCAAGUGUGGUUUGAAAGAAUAAGGAAAAGGCAUGACUUGGCAAAGUUUUUCUUUGGAGAGUACACGAAGGAUCUUGUCGACGAUGAUGACAAUCUCCAAUACCAAAUACCGUCACCAGUACUAAGUGGCCUCUACAGAAACUCAUUCAAAAAAGAAGCUCCAGUCAUUGCGAAUGAUUUGAUUAUAGAGGAGUUUGAAAAUGCCACGCAAUUGGAAAAGAGCGUUACCAAUUGCACAUACGUCAUUUAUGUCACUAAUCAAUUCAAUUAUGCCAAUGCAAAUCUACCCAACUCGGUAAAGGAUAGGCUACUUUUACAGGUCAUUGAUAACACCGAAUAUUCACCACCAAGUACCGAGCUGGCACCAAUUUCAAUUGAAGAAGGCAUACAAAUGCAUUUGCUUAAAAUCAACAGUAACCUUGCAUACAGUGGCAUUGUCCAAUUUAUAGAAAGAGAUGUCCAUGCAGCUGAUGAGUAUAUUGAAAGCAUGACAAAAAGUAACAUCUACGAGCUAUUCAAGUUUGUUGAUUAUUUCCUGAGGACCAAUCACUUGACUAGUUGGUACUUGGCGAGAGUCAUCAAAUCCAUUCUGGAAAAACUAAAGAGGACAAACACAGUAAUCAACGAGGGCUCAGAGGUGGUUCACUCUGAGAUUGAAAAUUUCGGCCAGAUGGUGAACUCAGAGCUACAAUACGAGUUCAUCCCGGAAACCACAAACUUUGUUCAUAAAAAUUUGUCUUGGUGGAAGUUGUAUUAUAAGAAUGACAAUGUUGAAUAUGACUUGAAAGACUUUUUUAGCAGGCACUUUAUGAAUAAAGGAAUCGAAAACUAUAACUUUCUUCGAGGCAAGAUUCUUUCAACUGAUGAGAUAGUGGAUAAUCCGCUUUUUGACUUGAAGAGGGAGGUCAUAGAUACUCGCAUUGCUCUGGAAAUACAACCUAAAGUGUAUUCAAUACUAUCAAAGGCAUUUGUGUAUUAUCAAUUGCCUAUUUCGGUCAUUGCCGCUUUGUCUUACCAGUUUUUCGAUUUUAGUGGAAAUGCAUGCAUUGCAUUAUUUAGUUUGGGCUGGAUAUUGGGAUUCAAUCAAGUAUCGAGAGACUGGAUCAGCUUCACGAACAGAUGGAUGCACCAAUUAUUUGAAGAAGUGAGGGUCACUCUAGGCAGCAAAUGUAUUGAUAAUGGGUUAAUGAAGGAGUCCAACGAUCAAAUUAUUAGAAUUGAUACCGAGAACAAUAUCCGACAAAAGAUACUUCAUGAUAUAGAGAUUAGUUCCCCCGUUUCAAUCAAUGAAUAA